GAAGAAGCAGGUGCCUCUGUGAUUAAUUCCUGAUGCAGUUUUGAUUCAAUUUCAUUGUUUGAAUUGUUGAAGAUGUCAUCAGGCCUUACAGAGGACCAAAAGAGAAGAAUUGAAGAGAACCGCCAGAAGGCUUUGGCUCGGAGAGCAGAGAGGCUAGCAGCCCAGAGAGGUGGGCAGGUGGGGAUCACUGGACCUCGGGUGAAAGAACAGAGUCCAGGCAAUUGGGGAAACUUGAAGGAAGAAAACAAUCAUGUUGGGUUCAUUAGCCAGCACCAACAGAAUCCAAACAGUCCUGUGGAGCAGAGGAGCUAUCUUCAGAAAGAUUAUAAUCAUUACACUGCAAACCAACAGAUGGCUGGUUCACAUGGAGAGCAACAAAAGAAUUGUUCAGAGGACUCGGAACAAGCAAGUGGCAUUAAGCAGUUCCCUACAACGAUCCCAAAUUCUCUGAGUUAUUCCCAUAAACAUUACUUGGAUGCUGGUGGUCAGGAACACGGACAACAAGCUUUAAUUAAUCCUGGUACAUUCCAGCAGCCCAAAUGCUACCCAGCUUUCAAAAACCCUACAGAACCAUCUCAUCCUAGAUUAAUUGGUAACGGGCACCCUGACGGUAGUAAAGAUUUACAAAGCCAGAAGAAAUCUGCCAUAAAAUGUGUUUCACCACCAAGCAGUGCUGCCCCGAGUGAUUCAGAAAUGCUGAUAAACACAAGCAGACCGACAGCAAGAGAGGGGGGAGCUGGUGCCUCUCAGGCCAGUGGUAGGAUACAGAAGCUGACUAGCUCUGCUGGUGCAGGCUCUGCUUCUGAAGCUGCCUCUUGGAAGAAAACGAGUAGUGUUACAACAGGAAAAUGUGUGAAAUAUGGGGAAGACCGAUUCCAGGUCGAAAUAGGGUAUAAUGCUGAACUCAUUGCUGUGUUUAAGAAGAUGCCAAGCAAAAGCUAUGAUCCUGCUAUGAAAAAAUGGAAUUUCAGCCUGCAAGAUUACAGGAACUUCAUGGAAGCAGCAAAUCAACUUUCGUCAGUAAUUCUGGCACCACUGGAAGGAGAAAAUGCAGUUGGCUUGGCAUCAGGCUCUCAUUUUGUUGGCAAUAGGGUUGAUGUGAAAUCCCUCUUGAAGAUGUGUAAGAGCUGGAAGAAGCCCUCAGCCCUUGUCAAAGGGAAGUGCGUGCUGAUAUCUCGCAUGCGGUUUGAGGUUGAUAUUGGGUAUUCUGCGGAAGUGAUUGGAGUGUUCAAACAGAUGGAUUCCAGAUAUUAUGAUAUGAACACCAGAAGGUGGAAUUUCCUGGAAGUGUUACACAGCCUUGUGUCAGUAGAAGUGGAGCCGCUGCCAGAGGCAGUAAUACAAACUUUUGCUGCUCAAAUAGAGAAAUCUACAUUGCAGACAGACAUUCCUGAUGCUGACCUUUCAGUAGUGGACUCCAAAAUUGUGACAAGCCUCAUGCCCUUUCAGCGGGAAGGUGUGAAUUUUGCCAUUUUAAGAAAUGGACGUUUACUUCUUGCGGAUGACAUGGGCUUGGGCAAGACCAUCCAGGCGAUCUGCGUUGCUGCGUAUUACCGAAAGGAAUGGCCCUUGCUGGUGGUGACUCCUUCUUCUGUGAGGUUCACAUGGGCAGAGGCAUUUCACAGGUGGCUUCCAUCUUUGAGUCCAGGUAGCACCAAUGUCAUAGUGACUGGCAAAGAUAACCUAACAGCAAGCUUGAUCAACAUCAUCAGCUUUGACCUCCUCAGCAAGAUGGACAAGCAACUUAAGAGCGCUUUCCAAGUAGUUAUUAUUGAUGAAUCCCAUUACCUAAAGAACGUAAAAACUGCACGAUGCCGAGCUGCCAUGCCUCUACUCAGGGCUGCCAGGAGGGUGAUCUUGCUUUCGGGAACCCCUGCCAUGUCACGACCUGCAGAGCUCUACACACAGAUUGCAGCUGUCCAGCCAACCUUCUUCCCUCAGUUCCACUCCUUUGGGCUACGCUACUGUGAUGCCAGGAAGAUGCCAUGGGGUUGGGACUACUCUGGAUCAUCCAACUUAACUGAACUGAAAAUUUUGCUGGAAGAGUCCAUCAUGAUCCGACGGCUGAAAUCAGAUGUGCUUUCCCAGCUUCCAGCAAAGCAACGCAAAAUGGUUGUGGUGGCUCCAGAAGGGAUUAGUGCAAAGACCAAAGCUGUCUUGGCAGCUGAAGCAAAGAAGAUGGUCAAAGGAUAUGAAAGUAAACAAAAGGAGAAAGAAGCUCUUCUCCAAUUCUACAACAGAACGGCAGAAGCUAAAAUCCAUUCAGUCAUAGAAUACAUCCUGGAGUUACUGGAAAGUGGGAAUGAUAAAUUCCUGGUGUUUGCUCAUCACAAGAUAGUGCUGGAUGCAAUAGUUGCAGAGCUGGAGAAGAAACAUGUUGAAUACAUUCGCAUUGAUGGCUCCACACCUUCAGCUGAGCGGCAGUCUCUGUGCCAAAAGUUCCAGUGCUCAGAGAGGCAGGUUGUGGCUGUUCUGUCCCUCACUGCGGCAAACAUGGGCCUGACAUUGUCUGCGGCGGACCUGGUGGUGUUUGCAGAGCUCUUCUGGAAUCCGGGGGUUUUGAUCCAAGCAGAAGAUCGGGCACAUCGAAUUGGACAGACCAGCUCUGUUAAUAUUCACUACCUGGUGGCUAAAGGCACAGCAGAUGACUACCUAUGGCCAAUGAUUCAAGAGAAAAUCAAAGUGCUGGGGGAAGCUGGUCUUUCAGAAACUAAUUUUUCCGAAACAGCUGAAUCCACUAAUUACUUCCCUAAGCCAGAUCCAAAGCAGAAGACCAUCUACGACCUUUUCCAGAGGACUUUUUCUGAGAGCAAAGAUGACAAUGAUGAAGACUUGCUUUUGGAGGCAGCUGAUGCUUGCUGUGAGUUUGACUCUGGCAGUGCCUUGCAAGAUACAGGAGAGACAUGUUCAGUGAGUCCCCCCAAAAAGCGGCGUAUUGAGGAUUUUUUAAAAGUGUAA